UUUUAAACAGAUAUUUACGAUAUGAUAGAAACUAUUUCAUUGGGUAGAUUAUUUCGAUUUUGACGAUUAACAUUUAUAAUCUUGGAUCUAUUAUCUUCAUGUAGUUUUUGAAAUAGGGUCAGAAAACGUUGUGGUACUUUAUGGAUUUGUGGUAUAGUUGCAACGAUAUAAGUUUUCUUAUUUAACGAACCAAAAAAUAUAUUAAACACUUCAUCAUAAAACUUCUUACUAUAUAAUUCCAUUUUUCCAAUUUCAUCGAUCACUAAUAUAUCCUGUUUGAUAAGAACGAAUAAAAAUAUUUAAUAUCAGCAACAAAUUAAUAAAUAGUAAAAUUAUUAAAAAAUUAAUUGAAUUAAUUAGUCAUGUAACUUACCAUAUCAGUUUUUAUCACCGGCAAAACAGAAUUUUCAAAAUUAUUAACGAAGACAUGAUAGUUUCCCACUCGAUAUUUGGAAAAUUGCUGCUGACUUAAUCUAUUUCUAUUUAAACAACGUUAUGUAUUAAUAAAAACAAAAAAAAAAAAAAUACGUACAUUAAAGAAAUGACAAAAACAUAUAAACUAACUCUGUACGUGCUAAAGGUAUCCUCUUCUCUUUAUUCUUCAUUAGAACAAUAUCAAAACCUAUUCUACUACCAUUUUCCCCUCGUACUUCUUCCGUAUAAAAGCCAUUGAAUGUACGAUUUUGUUUUUCCAAUAUAGAAGCAACAUUCAUACAUAUCGUCGUCUUUCCUAUACCUAGAGAUAUAUCGAAAGUAAAAAAUUAAAUGAAAUAAAAAUGAUAAAAAAAUGUCGAUUAGAAAAAAAGGGAAAUAAAUAAGAUUUAAAAUUCGCGGGUUAUACCGGGUGGACCAGUGAGAAGUACGCGGGUUAUUAACGACGUGGCGCUGUUGUCCAUGCUUGCGAUUGUUAUUUUUCUGUGUACAAAUUCGGCGGGUAGCAGCCAACCAAAACUGAUUUUGACAAAGACGACGUCUAUGAUGAAUAGAAGAUAGAGGAAUAACGUGAUUUUAUGUAUAUAAAAAAAGAAGAAUGUAUCACUGUGUAAGACUAUCGAGGAAAAACAAAAGCGAGAAUGGUCCGAAGCACGAAGCAACAGUACGGAAACAGUCGAAGUCGUGGCUCGAACUGACCGCGAAGAGAGAUCGUACGGCGAUCAGCUGAUCGAGGACUCGAAUUCUCAAGAGGAGACAACAGAGGUUGAUCGGGUGGUUCGAGCAAAAAGUCGCGGGUAUCUCUCGUAAACGUAACUGCGUGCGCGUUGGCAUUGCGUUCGUGUGUUCUGUGUACACGUUUAUCUUCUAGAAAUUUUCUACGUAAGUUCGUUAAGUAUAAACAGCUUACGGCAUGUCUAUUUGAAAGAAGAUACAUCACAAUUAAACGGAUUAUCCUUGUUUCCUACGUAAGAAGGAAGGUAAAGAAGUUAGAACGAAGGUGUAAGGGUGAUAUUUUCGUAAGAAGGAUAACGUAGAGAAAUCGUCGUUGUAUAGAUGGAAGAAAGAGACAAAAAGUGAAGAAGGACGGUGGUGUAUCCCUUUCGGAAUACGUGUCGUGCCGAUAGGCGGAGAAAUGGCUCGUCCUUCCGAUUCUAGUCCUCUUUCUUACGUUUUUUCACGACAAGUCGACGAUAAAAUUGAUCACUGUAAAAGACUCGUCAACUCUAGAUUCGGGGGAUCCGAGAACUUGUUUAGAAAAGAUCUCCUAUCUCAUUAUGGUUGUGUCAAUGCGAUCGAAUUUUCACGUCAGGGUGAUCUAUUGGUAUCUGGCGGUGAUGAUAGAAGAGUUUUAUUAUGGAAAGUAGAACAAGCGAUACAAGGUGUAGGAAAACCUACAGUAAUGAAAGCUCAACAUGUUAGCAAUAUAUUUUGUCUUGGAUAUGACAAUAGCAAAACAAAGAUAUUUUCUGCGGGAAAUGAUGACCAAGUAAUUGUUCACGAUUUGCAAACUUGCGACGUCCUCAGUUUCUUCCUACACGAGAAACCUGUAUAUGGUUUAUCGAUUCAUCCUCAUAAUGAUAAUGUUUUUGCAAGUGCGUGCGAUGAUGGAAGAAUUUUAAUUUAUGAUGUUAGAGGAGCAGGUGCCAUGGAAACUUUUUGUCUAGCACAAUAUAAGACACCUUUUCAUUCUGUUAUGUUUAAUCCAGUUGAACCUAGAAUGUUAGCCACUGCCAAUGCUAAAGAAGGAGUUAGUAUGUGGGAUGUAAGAAAACCACUUAGGCCUGUAUUACGUUAUGGAAAUGAAAGUCCUGCACAAAGUUGCAUGAAUGCAAGAUUUAAUGCAGCAGGGAAUAGAUUGUUAGCAUUGAGGAGAAGGCUACCUCCAGUAUUGUAUGCUGUUGAUUCUUCUUCUCACUUAUGCCAAUUUGAUCAUCCAGGGUAUUAUAAUAGUUGUACAAUGAAAACAUGUUGUUUUGCUGGUGAUAAUGAAGAAUAUGUUCUUUCAGGCUCGGACGAUUUCAAUCUUUAUAUGUGGAAGAUUCCCUCUGAAGGCGUAAAGUGGGUAGAUUCUGCUCAUAUGGUUUUACGUGGUCAUAGGUCAAUAGUCAAUCAGGUACGCUACAAUCAAGCAAGUUGCGUACUUGCAUCAUCUGGAGUUGAAAAAAUUAUCAAGAUUUGGAGUCCAUUUUCUCUUGGAAGCGGAUGUUUAGGUGGCCUAAAGCGGGAUGCUGGAAAACAAGAAAGGCAACGUCGUGUAUUUACGCACGACGAAUAUAUUGGCUUAGUAUUGCGUAGUGGUCAAUUUAUGACCCACGAUUAUAGUCAUCAAUCAACUAGGGAGGAUCCAAGAAUGAUGGCUUUUUUUGAUUCCUUAAUACAACGUGAAAUUGAAGGUUGGAGUUCAGAAGACAUGCCAACUGCAUCACAAACUCCUAGUGAUUCUGAAAAUAAUCCUACAACUGGACGUACCUAUAGCGCAACAGAUUCUGACGGAUAUUCAACAACUUCCGGAUUUUAUUUUAGCAAACAGGAACGUUUGUUUGCAUCAAGUUCACCAAGAAGUAACAAUAUGAAAGGAUAUGUUAUAAUAUAUUCUUUUCCAAAAUAUUCCGGUGAAAAGAUUGAUAUUAGUAAUACAUUAAAUGGGUACCAAUAUGGAGAAUAUUUUGGAGCUUCUUUGGCAUCAUGUGAUUUAAAUAAUGAUGAUAAAGAUGAUUUAAUUGUUGGUGCACCUCUUUGGACUAAAGAUAUGGACGAGGGUCGAGUAUAUGUUUUUAUUGCAUGGGAAAAUAACAAUUUUAUGAAAAAACAAGAAAUUGAUGGCAAUGUAAGUGGAGGAAGAUUUGGCUCUUCUAUAACAUGCUUAGGAGAUAUUGAUUAUGAUGGAUACAAUGAUAUUAUGAUUGGUGCACCAUAUGAAGGAGACAGUGGUGCAAUAUAUUUAUACAACAGUAAUAAAAAUGGAAUUCUGAAAUGUAGUCAAAAGAUACUUGGUUCUGAAUUUUCACCAAAUAUUUGUGGAUUUGGUAUAUCAAUAUCAAAACCUUUGGAUAUAAAUAAUGACAAAUACCUUGAUAUUGCAAUAGGAGCUUAUUUAUCUGAACAAGUUGUUCUGUUACCAUCCAUACCUGUUGUUUCAAUAACAACAGAUCUUGUGUAUUCUGAAAAAAAAUUGUCUAGGGAUUCGAAAUUUUUCUUUAUUUAUAUAUGUAAUAUUUAUGAUGGUGUAUAUGCUCCUAAAAACUUAAAUAUCAUUCGUAAUUUAGAAAUAGAUCCAUUAUAUGGAAGAGCAAUGUAUUUGAAAAAUAAUACAAGUAAUUUUACUUGUAUUUUACCAACUAUAUUAAAAAUAUCCGAACGUCAAUGUGAUUUGUUCAAAAUUCACCUUAAGGACAACAUACAAAAUGUGAUUGAUCCAAUUUCAUUAUCUGUAGUGGUAGAUUUUAAUAAUACCAUGCAAGAAAGUAACAAGUCAAGUAACAUUUUUCAUAGAUCAUCUGUAGUAAUAAACAAACUGAAUUCAAAAAUUAAAGAUGUAAUUCAGUUACCAUUUUUAUUAGAAUGUGGUACUGAUGAUAUUUGUAACUCAGAUUUACGGAUAUCUCUUCGAACUAAUUUAACAUCCAAUAAUACAUACAUUAUUGGAUCAUCCUCGAAUCUGAAACUUAUAAUUGAUGUUCAUAAUAAUGGUGAACCUGCUUAUCAGACACAAGUACACAUUUUUAUUCCAAAUCCCUUGUCAUUAGUGAGUAUACCACCAGCAUGCAUGGAAUCAUCUUGGACAAAUAAGUAUAAUUUGCAAGUAAUAUGUGAUCUUGGAAAUCCUCUUACCAAUGCAACCAAUGAAACAAUGAUAUUAGAAUUGGAUACAAGUAAGAUUCGUUUUGAUGUUAAGAGUUUGGAAUUAUAUGCAAACGUUACUACUCAGAGUGAAGAAAUAAAUCAAUUAGAUAAGAACUAUACUAUGACAAUUUAUUUUGAUAUUGAUGUUGAUAUAGCUAUAGCAGGAAAAGCACAAGACAAUGUAUAUUCGUACUUUCGGAAAGAUGAACAAAAUUCACAAAAUAUUAAAUUUAAACAUAUUUAUGAAGUACAAAAGUUUGGAAGAAGUCCAAUUAAUGAAGCUAUCUUAAUGGUAGAAAUUCCAACAUAUUGGAAAAAUAAAGAUUAUGAUAUAGAAUUGAUUAAUAUAAAUCAAACAAUUGCUCAUAUGGAUGGUAAUAUUCUUAAAUUAAAAAUCAAUGAUUUGGAUCAUUGUAAAAAUUGUAAAACUUUCAAGAGGGAAACCAUUAAUGAAUUCAUCGAUGAAUUUGAUAUAAAUAAUAAAUCAGUUAAUAUUUAUACAAGAAAUGAAACAAAGAUCAAAUAUGAAGAAAAUUUGACUAACAUGGAAAAAUUGGUAAUAAAUACACCCGUUGAAAACAGAAUACUGUUCAUUAAUUGUAGUAAUCCAAUGAUUGUGUGUAAACAAGUUGAAUGUAAAUUAAAUCCUUUUACAAGUUCUUUAUCUGUCGCUCAACUCAUAAUUACAUUAGAUUUUAAAUUAUUAAAUAUUCCAUCAUUCAUGUUAGAAAAUAAAAAUAUUAUAUUAUUUGCAUCUAAAGGCACUGUAAAUAUCACACAACCAUCCAAUGUUAUUCAAGGAAGCACAAAUAAACCUGAUACUACCAUGAUAAUUACAAAAUUCCAAGGAUCUCCAAUAAACGAACGUGUUGCCGUUUGGAUAGUAGCUUUAUCAAUAUUUCUUGGGAUCAUACUUUUAAUAUUAAUUAUUCUGGGUCUCAUUAAAUUGGGUUUCUUUCAUAGAAAAAGAAAAGAACAACUAGAGGCUUUGAAAGCUAUAUCAAAUGAAAACAAUUCUAAGAUUAUAGAAAUAAUUUCGUCCGAAGUUCUUGAUCAAGAAUAAGUAAAAAUAAGAAGUAUAUAUUAUGAAAUAUUUUUCAUUUCUUUUAAUUUAUUUUUUAAAACAAGUACAAUAAUUAGCAACGUGUAUAACAUUUUAAAUAAUUGUAUAAAAUAUAAGAUAAAAUAUAUUACUUUCAAAAACAUGAAUUCUUUAUAAAAAUAUAAGUUAUAAAAAUAGCAACAUAUUUGAUAAAUUCAUUUGUGCUGUUGAGUAAAACCUGAGUUAAAAAGAAUUAACGAAUAACAAAAGUAAAAUAAAUAAUAAUGUGAUGGUUGUGCAUCGCACGUAUUGAAAGAACGUAAUCGUUCGAAACGAAAAAUGAAAGUAGCAAUUAUACAAGAAAAUAUAUGAGGUCACUUUGUUCGUUUCCAACAAUCUAUUAUUCUAUUUUAUUAAUAAUUAACAACAUAUUACUUCUUUAUAACUUGUUAUAGGAUAUUUGUUAACUCAUAGCAAUUAAUAACAUUAACAUACGUAACACUUGAUAUUUUUGUUAUUUAAAGCACCUGAUAUUUUUGUUAUUUUAACGUGACAUUUAUAUAAAUCAGAAGCAUCCUUUUUUGGCUUCUACACAUGCUUUUUUUCUUCAAUUAUUUGCAUAUAUUUACGAUUUAUUCUUAAGCCAUACAAAAACUGCAAAUGUAAUUGCAAGUAUAUAAAAUGCAAAAUUUAAUAUUUCAGAUCUUUGAAAGAGAAAUAGAGAAAAAGAGAGAGAGCAAUAUAUUGAUUUUGAUAUAAUUUUCGCAAUAAUUUUUCUUAUUUAGAGGCAUUUUUUUAACUAAUUUUUUUCACCUCAUCUAUAAAAAUAAGCAUUUAAUCAUCAAGGCCAAGUCCUUUAGAUAUUUCAUCUGCUGUCAAUUUGUUUCCUCCUGACGUUGAAGGAUUAUUCAUAUGUGCAGAAGGCAUUGGGGGAUUUGGUGUUACGUAACUUGGAGGAUGUUCAUGAGAUUUCUGUAUCAAAAAGUUUCACAAAGAGAUCAAAACUAUGAAAUAUAGUCGAACUUAUACAAAUAAUAUUUACUUUGUUUCGUUUAUAAUAAUAUCAUUAUUUAGCAUAAGAUUAUUACUUUUAUACUUACAUCUUUUCCAUGUUUACUUAAUCCAUCUAUAGCAGAACUUAGUAAUGAUGAACCAAGUGCAGAACCUAUACCGGACAAGAAGUUUGAACUAUUGGAUCCUUGUUGAGAUCCAUAUGGUGCUGAAUAUCCACUAUAGCCUCCUGAUGGUUGAUACGGUUGUUGUUGCUGAUUUCCACCACCUCCAAGAACUCCACCAAGAAUAGAUCCCAAUGCUCCAGUUAAUGGGUCAGUAUUAGUCGGUGGAGGCGGCUGAUAUGCUGGUCGUUGUGCUCCAGCCCCACCUUAUAAUUGUAAGAAUAUAUAAAUUGAGAUUAUUGAUGUUUAAUGAUUAACUGAUCAAAAAGGUAUAUCAUUUAUUCCAUAAAUUUGAAUUAAUUAAAACAUUUUUUUAUAUUGAACUAAUAUAUAAAUUUAUUUAAUACCUAAUGCUCCAAGGAUAGAUCCAAGAACAUUAUCAUUAGGUCCUUGAGAAGGAUAUCCUUGCUGUGCAUGUAAGUUUCUUUGUAAAGCAGUGUUUGCUAAAUGGGCGGCUAAACCAAUAAAUGUACUUGAUAGUCCUGAACCAUUGUCACUCUUUGUUGAUGUAUUGGAAGCAUCUAAUUUUCCAAGUCGUUCCUCCUCUUUCUUUCUCUGUAAUGUUUAAUAAAUAUUAUUUUCUGUUUUAAUUUUCAGUGCAAUAACAAUUACACAAGUUAUGAUACAUACAUUGGCAUGUUCUAUUGCAGCAAUACUACCUGCAGCAACUAAUCCACUCCAAGGUAUAUUACUGAAUAAACCACCAAAUGAAUCUUUUUCUUCACCGGAUUGAUUAUUUCUAUUUGAUGGGCCAGUAGAAGGUGUUGGACCAUAACCUGGAGGAGGAGGACCAUAUCCACCUGAUUCGAUAGAUUUUGUAUCCAGAUUUGGAUACAAACCACCUGGUGCUGUUAAAAUUUUUAUUUAAUUGAAUAAUAUUAAUAAGAUAAUUAUAUUUAAUAAUGUUUAACAUUAUAUAAACAUAAAUAGAAUUGAAAUAAUUCUUACGAGGAGGGCCAAAAUCUGCAGAUGGAACUGAUAUAGGCAAUGAGGAAUGUGCUGAUCCAACGGGUACAUUUUCAUACAUAAUGCUGAAUAUUUCAACAUCACCAUCGAUCACUAAAUACGUUACUUUCUGGUAUGGUAAUCGAUGUGCAAAUUCUGCAAAGUGCCUACCAUUUAUAGCAAUUUUAUAAUUCAAAUGAUCACAUAAAAUAAUUAUUUCAAAUUCUUGACCAGGUUGUAUGCACAUAGGACCUUCAUUUUCGUUUGCUCCCCAUGCCAUAGAUUCAAUAUGAUUUCUUGUAAUAACACCAUCAGAAAAUCGAGGUGAUAUAUGAAUGGCUAUAUCAUCUCUUGGAUUUAAUAUCGGUCCCAAUUGAUAAUUAAUAGCAAAUCGGAUAGCAUUUUCAGGAACUUUACCACGAAUUCUUACCAUUUUUCCAGGUACCAAACCAUUCUCAACUGCACCCACGUAAGGAAUUUCCUAUAAAAAAAAAAAAAAAAAAAAAAAAAAAAAAAAAAAAAAAAGAAAAAAUAACAUUGUUACAGUUAAUUUAUAUUAUAUAAGUUCAUGUUUAUUAAUAAAACCUAUAGAAAUAUAUUACCAUUGUAAGUAUAAUGUAAUACUAUGCAAUGCGGAUAAUCUUAGAAUAUACUGAAUAACUUGAAUUUUAUCCAAAGAAGAUAAAUAAUAUAAUAAAAAAUAAACUUACUGGAUUUGUAGCAACUUCUGUAGCCAUUUUAUA